AUGAAGUUCCUCAUUACGACGGCGGCCCUCCUCUUCUCUUUGGUGUCAGCGCAGACUGGUGUGCCUGAUGUCAACAGUCUUGCGGUGCAAAAGCAUCUCCGCUCCCGCUCUGCAUUGAUCGCAUUCGAGAAGAGACAGCGACAAGAUCACUUUUUCCGUCAAAACCUCUCCUCUGUAGCCCAGAGAGCGGACGCCAUCGUGGCAGCUAUUCGCCAGGAGGAAAUUGACGAUUACUGGAGAGUCCCUGGAACCCCGGAGAAGAAUGAUACCGACGAGAGGUUCGCCGGUGAGGUCUUCCCGAAAGCCCGGCCAUUGAUCAAUGGAACCAAGCUCUGGGACGUGGUCAAGCACAUGCCAAAGGGUGCUCUUUUGCAUGCGCAUUUGCCUGCCAUGCUUUCCUAUGACACCAUUCUAGAGACCAUUCUUCACACGGAGGGUAUGGUCGUCUCUGCCUCCCAGGAUGUGUCCACCCCGGAGAAUCGCAGGAAUGCUUCCGUUUCGUUUGCCCAUGUCAACCAUACCAUUGCGACCAAUGUAUCGUCAAUUCAUUCUAAGGAUUAUGUCCCUAACACGCAAAUCCCCGUGACUGUGGCUGCCAACACAUUCCCGGGUGGUCAAGAGGGAUUCAUCGACUUCGUCAAAACCAAGGUGACCAUCUCUCCUGAGCUGUCUAUACGUCACGAAUUGGGAGUCGAUGAGAUCUGGCGUGUCUUCCAGACAGCCUUCGGCCCCGCAGGCACCAUGCUCACGUACGAGCCCAUUGUGCGGACGUUCUACAAGAAACUCUUUUCGCGCCUGGCUGAGGAUCACAUCAACUGGGUGGAAAUCCGUUCUGGAAGCGGCCAGCUGGUCCAGGAGGGUCAGGAAGACCUUGAUCCGGAUCUGGACAUUUGGUGGAACGUCCUACUGGAGGAGCUGAAGAAGUUCCAGGAGUCUCCCGAGGGGGCAGACUUCUGGGGAGCGCGAGUCAUCUGGUCUGACAACAGAGGCAAGAACCGUACUGCGCUGACCAAGAGCAUGGGAAAUGCUCUUGAACGGAAGCGCAGACACCCACAGCUCUUUUCAGGCUACGAUGUGGUCGCUCAGGAAGACCUGGGCCGUCCGCUUGCCGAUAUGGCACCCGAAUUGAUCUGGUUCCAGCAACAGGCCGAGGAGUCGAACCUCACGAUUCCUUUCUUCUUCCACGCGGGCGAAACUCUCGGCGAUGGAAACUCGACCGACGAAAACUUGUUCGAUGCCGUCCUCUUCGGUACACGCCGUAUCGGACACGGUUUCUCCCUGUACAAGCACCCGAGGCUGAUUGAUGAGGUGAUCGAGAAUGGUAUCAUGGUGGAAGUCUGCCCUAUCUCUAACGAAGUCCUGCGUCUGGCCACCGAUAUCCUUCACCAUCCCCUCCCGGCAAUGAUUGCCCAUGGUAUCCCGACCGCCAUCAGCAACGACGACCCGGCGAUCCUUGGCCAAAACACAGCUGGUUUGAGCUACGACUUCUAUCAGACAAUCCAAGCUUUCGAUAACAUUGGUCUUGCUGGCCUGGGAGCGCUCGCGCACAACAGCAUCCGCUGGAGCAACUUCGAAGAUCAGAACGAUGUUGAAUGGUUUCGUGAUAUCGACUUUGGAGAGAAUGGCGACGGCAUUAAGGCCCAGCGUUUGCAGCAGUGGAACGAGAAGUGGGAGGCCUUCUGUGAGUGGGUUGUGAAGGAGUAUGGAGACCGUUACGCCACGGAGGCACUCUGA